UGCCGCGUUCGACACCAAUGAAACAAGGAAACGCAAUAAGGAGAUCCCUCCCUGCUGCUUCUCUGUACGCGUUACCCCCAAACCCCUCAGCCAUCUUGGCGCCCUGCGGAUGGAGGGCGGCAGCGGCGCUGCGCACAGGCCGUGGGAUACGGCGUCGCAGCUGCAGUACAGCUUCAGGACGUCCGUGAGCAGCCUCAGCGAGGUGGAGGAGGAGGAGGCGAGCCCGCCACCGGUGGCGGUGGAGGACAGGGUCUUCGUGGCCGUCCCCGAGGACGCCAAGAACGGCAAGAGCACCCUGCUGUGGGCGCUGGAGAACCCAGCCAAGGACUGCGCCGGGGUUGUCGUCGCCCACGUCCACUGCCCCGCGCAGAUGAUCCCCAUGAUGGGGGCAAAAGUUCAUCACAGCACGGUGAAUCCACAACGGGUCAACGAAUACAGGAAGAAGGUGCGAGCGGAGGUGGAGGAGAAACUAGAUGAAUACGUCCUUGUGUGCAGAAGACAAAAGGUCAGCUGCCAGAAAGUUGUAAUCGAAAUGGAUGAUGCUGUACGAGGGCUUGAGCAGCUCAUCACUCUCCAUGGCGUCGCUAAGCUUGUUAUGGGAGCAGCAGCAGACAAACACUACUCCAAGAAAAUGAAAUCACUGAAAUCCAAGACGGCGCUCAGACUGACGGAGGUGGCGGCCCCAUCGUGUAAGAUAUGGUUUACCUGUAAAGGGCGUCUCAUAUGCACCAGGGAAGCGAACACAACUGUUCCCGCCAUGCCACCACCAUCACCUGCACUCACGAGCGCAUCAAGAUCAUCAGUAAGCAGCGUUGCUAGCCAGCUGAGAUCAAUGUUACUCAGUCGCUCAGAGAGUGACGGGUCAAGCUCGAACGGAAGUCCAAGGCAUGACCUGACCAGGUCGCGAACAGAGGCGGGGCUGCUGCUGUAUCCCUCUCACGAAACCGUCAACAUCGGUACGCCGUCUCGGCUCUAUGAAUCCUACGGCAGGAGGCCGCCUACGACAGCAUCAGUGAGUUCCAGCGAUUCCUGGAACGAAUUCGGGAGGAGAUCGCAGAACUCGUGGCACGAUGAUCUAUCGAGAAACGACGGUGCGGCCACCACUACUGUCGUCGUCUCCGGAUCAGCGAUGCAAGAACCUGACGACGAGAACUUCUCGUCCCCUUCUCAUGAGCUGGAAAACCCGGGCGUCGAUGCUAACAUAUACAGAAGACUCACGGAGGCUCUGAGUGAAGCUGAGCGCUGCAGGAAAGAGGCAUACCAAGAGUCGGCCAAACGCCUGAGAGCUGAACUAGACAUGGCUUCGGCUCUUGAGAAUGUAAACGAGCUGUAUCAGCACGAGGUAAGGCAGCGCAAAGCGAUCGAGGAAACGCUGGCGAGACAAGCGCAGGAGAUGGAGGAAAUGAAGAGACAGCACGGUGUGGCAUCCAAGGAGCUGCACGACGUCAAGGAGCAGAGACUCGUCCUGGAGCGGCAAGUAACAGAGAUGGCGUCUGCUGUCCAAGGCUACGAAGAGAAGGUGGCAGCUGCUGAAACGCUGAACACCGCCGAGUUCUCCUAUUCUGAGCUGGAACAAGCGACCCAAGGCUUUGACGAGGGGCUCAAGAUCGGCGAGGGUGGCUUCGGAAGCGUCUACAGAGGCUUCCUCCGCAACACAGCCGUCGCUGUGAAGCUGCUGGAUCCGGAAAGCAUGCAAGGCCCGUCAGAGUUCAACCAAGAGGUUGCUGUUCUCGGUAGAGUGCGGCAUCCAAACCUCGUGACACUGAUAGGGGCGUGCCGGGAGGCGCUCGGCCUGGUGUACGAGUACCUCCCCAACGGGAGCCUGGAGGACCGGCUGGCGUGCACCAACGACACGCCGCCGCUGACAUGGCAGGUGCGCACCAGGAUCAUCUGCGAGAUGUGCUCGGCGCUCAUCUUCCUCCACUCGAACAGGCCGCACCCGGUAGUGCACGGCGACCUCAAGCCGGGCAACAUCCUGCUGGACGCCAACCUGGUGAGCAAACUAGGGGACUUCGGCAUCUGCCGCCUGCUGAUGAUGAGCCAGUCCACCACCACUACCACCAUGCCCGUCGCCACCACGAAGCUGCACAGGACGACCACCCCGAAGGGGACCUUCGCGUACAUGGACCCGGAGUUCCUGUCCACCGGCGAGCUCACCCCGCGGUCCGACGUGUACUCGCUCGGCAUCAUCAUCCUGCGGCUGCUCACGGGGCGGCCGCCCAAGAGCAUCGCGGAGGUGGUGGAGGACGCGCUGGAGCGGGGGCAGCUGCACGCCGUCCUCGACGCCGCCGCGGGGGACUGGCCGUUCGUGCAGGCCAACCAGCUGGCGCACAUCGGCCUGCGCUGCGCGGAGAUGAGCCGGCGCCGCCGGCCUGACCUCGCGGGGGAGGUGUGGAAGGUGGUGGCGCCCCUCACGAUGGCCGCCGCCGGGCGGCCUCUGCCGUUCGCGCCGUCGCCGCUGGAUGACGCCCGCGCGCCGUCCUACUUCGUCUGCCCGAUCUUCCAGGAGGUGAUGAGCGAUCCCCGCAUCGCCGCGGACGGGUUCACGUACGAGGCCGAGGCGAUCACGGGGUGGUUCGACAGCGGCCGCGACACGUCGCCGAUGACCAAUCUCAAGCUCGAGCACUGCGAGCUCACGCCGAACAGGGCGCUCCGCUCCGCGAUUCUCGAGUGGCGGCAGCAGCAGCAGCGGAGAUAACCAUUUACGUACCGAAGAAAGCAUGCGAUCUCCGUGGCUGAUGCUAACAAUCUAAUUUCAACUGCACAUAUGUAGCGUUUGUAAUUUGUAUUCCAUUGGUCAAAAUUUGUUUAAAUUAGAAAGAAAAAUAAAAGGGAAAUUUCUUAGUGUUGUGCACCGGUAGAAAAGAGCUUAAAGACUGCGGUAUGAUAUAAUUUUUGCAGGCAGUUUCGGUUAUUAAUCACAAGUAAGUGCUAUUUGUA